UGUACAUGAAGCAUGAGGUGACACAUUGCAAAAUUGAUGAGAAAUGCACUAGAAAACUACAACAGUUGCAUUCUUCAUUGGGAGUAGAAUUCUCUAAAAGGGAGGCUGGUGAUCUGCUGUGCUAUCGUUGCUUGUAGCGUGGUCAUCAUGAUGAGUACCGCUACACAGAGAGCCAAAAUGGAAGCUGCUCAUAAGCAGCCAAGUGCUGAGAACGUGACCUGCCAGAAAUGCCUUGAGAAGGGCCACUGGACGUAUGAGUGUACCGGCAAGCGGAAGUAUGUACACCGUGAAUCGCGUACCACGGAAAUGAACAAGCGACUCAAGAAAGAGGAAGAGAAACAGAAACUUGACACGUUGGCGAAGACAACUAGCAUAUCUGAAAAGAAACGCAAGAAAAAGAAAAGGUCUGACGACAGCAGUGAGAGUUCCUCCAGCUCGAGUUCGUCUGACAGCUCUGACUCGGACAGUUCCGACGCCAGCAUGAAAUCAGACUCCGAUUCCUCCUCCUCCUCCUCUUCAUCAUCAUCAAACUCCAGUUCAUCAUCAUCAUCAUCGUCCUCUUCUGAUUCGUCCUCGUCAGAUUCGGCCAGCGAAUCAGACGCCUCAGACAGUGAGACGACAACGUCCAAGAAGAAGAAACGACGGUCGUCCUCUUGACCGACGGAGGAUAGCUAUUUCUACAGUAAUACGUUGGGAGGAAUUCAUAAACUUUAAUGUGAUGGACUUCUGCAGUUGAGUUCAUAUGCCUGAACAUUUAGGACGCCAUGACUUUACCUUUAGAAAGGGACACUCAUCUUGACAUUGAGGACAUUGGCAUUGAAAACCUGAGUCGACUGAGUGACAAUUUGGUCGAAAAUGAGUAAAGUUGAUGUAGCAACGUCUGUCUCUGACAGAGGCUCAUUUGUGUAGUUUAAUCCAUUUCCUCAUAGAUGGCAGCACUCCACUUUCCUUUACAUGAAAAAUCAGAAGUUGAGGGCCCAGUACCGAUGCAUCUUUCUCAAAAUUGAAAGUCACUUCAGUAGACUCUGGUUCUCACGCCCUCUAUUGUUAUUUUUAAGUUAAUGUGUCUGGAGGGGGACAUUGUAGUAGCAUCUGACUGUUGCUAUUGCAUUCACAGGUCUUGAGAUAAAACGCAUGUAUGUUUUGUUUGAAGAAAGCUUGAUAUUCGCAUUAUACUGAGUUUAUACAAUUUGAAAAUGUUAAAAUGUUUGUUUGGUAGUUUUGGCCCAGCACUGUUCGAUGUCCUUCAGAUCUUAUGAUGUUGUAUUGGACCUGUUCUGGCUGAAGUAGCGGCUUGUUGCGUUUUGAGAAAAUGGAUAAAAAGGACAAGUAUUGGUAAAUAUUCUGAUGGCCCUGUCACAGGUUGCCAUGAUUCGAAUCGCUCGUUAGCGGAAUGAAGUUGUCCGUCAGAUGAAUAGUCUGUUCAAGGCAAGAGGACAAAGUAGAAAAGUGAAAGCUGAAAGCUACUGCAUACCGUACCUGGGAGUUUUCGCACCUGAAAUUAUCUCUUGAAAUCUCCUGGCUGAGAGAGAGGUAUCCUAAAGUGGUUCCAAUGUUGACUUUUCCCUUCACAUGGUAAAGAAAAUAUAUCCCAACUGGAUUGAAAGUUCACCUCUGCUUUUGAUGUAUACAUAAACACGACCAUUGAUGCAUUUGAUAAUUUAGAGACUUGUACAUACAAUUUAUCUUAAUGAAAUGAUGUAUUUUAA